AUGUAUCUUGAAGAUCCCUAUUUGGCUAGCAAAACUACAUCUUUAUAUGGUUUAGGAUUUAGCCCUAGAACUAAGCAAUACAAGGUUGUUGGAUUGUUGCACAUAUUUAAUGGUACUAAAACACAUAUUGAUGUACUAACACUUUGUAGUGAUCGUAGUGGCAAAAGUUAUUGGAGACCAACAAAUCAAGGUCACUUUGAUCAUAAAAUACGGGGUACAAAUAAUCCUCCUUUCGAGUUGAAUGGAGUUUUAUAUUGGUUUGCUACAGGAGAGAAAAUCGCGUGUUUUGACAUUGACAAGGAAGAGUUUUAUCAUCUCCUCUCACCGUGUAGGGGAGAUAAUAAGAAAGUAAUUAGUAUCGGCGUGUUACAUGGAUCAUCACUAGGUGUUGGGGUAACGGGUAUAGGAAAUUAUCGUUCAAGGCUCGAGUUGUGGGUGAUGAAAGAGUAUGGAGCGAGUGAUUUGUGGAGAAAAAUUUAUGCGAUUGAGAAUAUGCUUGAUGACAAGAUUAAUGAAUCCGUUGUUAAUUUGAACAUAAAGUUUGUUGAAGAUUAUGAGAGUGGGAUGAUUGUUUUUUUAAUUCAAUUGGAAGAUUCAUGUCAUUUGAUGACUUAUGAUCCUAGAAAAAAAUGCGUCAAAAAAGCGAUAACUCGUUGGGUUAAUUCAAGGAUGGAUGUGCAAUUUUACGUUCCGAGUUUUUUUCCUGAUCUUAGAAACAUCCGUAAGAGUACCUACAAGUGA